AUGAAACUCUUGGCUCUUGCCCUAAUUUUGAUGGUGGCGAGCUCUUCCUUUGCCGCAGCGAAGACGUCAAAUGAACAUGAUGGAUAUUUGCACGGCCGGGAGCUAGGUGAGGAGGCGGAGGUCGGCCAAGGAGGGUAUGAUGGGUAUCCUGGAAGCAGUGUCAACAACCACCAUCACCUCCCUUGGCAGGACUUCAACAACAAGGGUGGCAGUGAUAACGAUAAUGGCGGUGGCUAA